CUGUGUAGCCGUAUGGAGCGCGCGUUCUCCUGAUCGAUGAUGGAGCUCUCUUCGUUCGGUGAACGUGUUUACGCCGCAGAGUGCAUAUUAAAAAAACGUCAAAGACGGGGUCGCUUGGAAUAUCUGGUGAAAUGGAAGGGAUGGUCCAGCAAACACAACACAUGGGAGCCAAGUGAAAACAUUUUAGAUGGCAGAUUGCUGGAAGCUUUUGAGGAGAGUCAGCGUGAUGGUGUUGCUAGUGCCCCCAGCAGCACCACCACCCUCAACACCACCACCACCAGCGCCGCCGGGGGCAGCAAGAGGGGCCCCAAACCUAAACACAGAAGUCACCACCGGGAAGUGAAGACGAACGACCGCGAGUUGGAGCGUCUGGCGGCAGACACAGAAGAGGAGGAGGAAGAAGAUGACCCCGCCGACCCCGACUACGGCGCCGCCCCCACCAAGAGAAAAGCUGAGCCGCUCAGAGAUGGCAAGCUGGGGGUCACCAUCCAUAAACAGAUCAAACAGGAGCGGCAGGAGGUCGAGAGCGACGUGGAGCCUUCAGACGUGCCUCUGUCGCCUCCCUCUUACAAGGUGCCGCGGCUGUCAUCCUCUCCAGUAAAGAGCCCACUUAAAAGCCCUAAAUACGAGGGCCUCAAAUCCCCUAAAGUCAACCGCCCGGAGUUCUUUCAAAGUGACUGCAGCGCAAGUGAUGGCAGCCCUGGCAAGAACAGCGCAGCCUCCCCACUCCGCGAAUCCUCUAAACUCCCCUCUUCUCCCACCGGAAGUGUUUCUUCACCCACUCAUUCCCUCUCUAAAGGCUCAGUGCACUCUAAAUCCCCAUCACAAUCACCCAUUAAACUCCCCUAUUGCUCCCCCAACAAAGAAUCGUCUUCCCCUGGUUCUCAUCACACGCCCACACCUUUGUCCUCACCCAAACUUCCCAAGACUCCCCUCACGCCUUCAUUUUCCCCAGAGGAUCAUCCCACUUCCCCUCGUCCCCCUAGCAUUCCUCUAGCGUCACCUCGCACCCCAAGCAUCCCCCCUUCGUCCCCUCGACACAUGCACUCCCCCUGCGUGGACUUGAAGGAGGGCAAGGAGGCGUGCCCUAAGGAGCACCACGAGGAAGGCGUUUACGACGACGAUGUUGAGGAGGAAGUCGAGGAAGAGGUUUUGGUGGCUCCUGACCCAUCUUACUGGUACCAACGCAACCCUCUGGCUGAUGAGAUCUUCAUCACGGACGUGACUGCUAACCUCAUCACGGUCACCAUCCGAGAGUGCAAAACCAAAGAUGGCUUUUUCAAGACGUCUUCGCAGAGCACACCUCAGGGUGACGCUUCACCGUCAGUCGCGACGUCUCCUCAGGAUAUGGACUCCACGACGCCCCAGCAGCCGACGUCUGCUGCCGCCGUGACGGUCGCUGGGUCUCAGGAGUCUGGAUGAGCUCAUUUGCGUCACUCUGAUAGUGGUUUCGUAUUUACUGUUUCAGAGGAAAUUUAAUUGAUUGGGUUUCGGACUUGUAUCCAUGCUCAGCAGACAGGGCGUAUAUUGUUGUUAUUUGUGCGUGGAUCAAGGCUGCAGAGAAACAGCGUUUGAGAUUUUUUCUUUAGUCGAGCUACGUAUAAUUCUCUGCAGCUCGCGCUUCUUAAUGGCGUUUUCUCGCUUUUGUGUUAUUAGAAUAAUGUUGAAGUUCGUUGUAAUGUUGGUAUUAUGUUCGUCUUAUAUUUUUGGUUAUCUGGAGCAUUUGAUCAUCCAUUCCUCCAUGGAUCUAAUUGAGGGGUGAUCAAUCCUAAGUCCGACGAAGAAAUUAUUUGUGCACAAAUUAUUUCGGGUCAAAAUACGUCGUUGUGUUCACAAACAAAAUAGCGGGAUCUAGAAAUUAAUUUAAAAAACACUAUGAAUAGCAACCACAAGAAUAACCAAUAUCUUCCAAAGUGAUGUUACGAAAUCCUUUUGCUUGUACCUUUGACCGACCUUUGUUCAGAGAUAGGUUGAAGAUGCGUUUACCUGCAUGGCAGGGUAAGCUUUUUAGCGCAUUUUCUUAUUUUUGGAAAAAAUGCACUUUUGUGC